ACGAUGCUAAUACUCAGAAAUAUCUGCAAAUAUAAUUCACAUAUAUAUACAGAGAAAAGAAGAAAAAGCUGUUGUUGCUGUUGUUGCUGCUUCUGCUGCUGUUGCUGUUGCUUCUGCUGUUGCUGCUGUUGCUGCUCGGAGGCGUCUGUCGGUGGGCAAAUAAUGAGGCUCCUUUGAGCACACGUUAUUAUCCGGUCCUCAGACAGGGGGCGGGAGAGAGAAGCUGUCGAGCAGAGCAGCAGUUGAACGCGCUCUUAGAAAACUGCUCUUCCCCUCACCACCACCAGUGGCAGCACCUCCUCUCCACCUCCACCACCGCUGCUGCUGCUGCUGCUGCUGCUGCUGCGUAAUCAGGCAGGUCCAGGGCUGAGGCGCACGGAGCCAGACUGCGCUCUGCUUAUUGAUAAGAGACGACGAGGAGCGCAGGCUGCACCGAGAGCUGCACUUUUCUGGACACAUCACGGUUAAAGAGAAAGCUGAAAACUGCUGGGAUUUGUUCCUUGGACUCUUUGGACUGGAAUACAUUUUUAACUUUUCUUCCAGAAAGGAAUGGAUUGUUUUUAAUCUUUGAUUAUUUGGACAUUUGUUUCCCAGAAAUGUAAUACCAUGGACUUGCGCGUUUAGUUGAAGUCUUAGCAUGAAAGACUCGGCGUCACUCUGAAGACAGAACCUUUGGUUGUUUUGGGUUGUUUGUUUGUUUUUUUGCGCCAAUUUUUUAUUAUUAGUAAUUUUGCCACGGACAGAGCAGCUUUCUUCCCCGGGGACACGACCCUCUGGACACGGGCACUUACCAAAGUGCGCCAGUUGCGCAGGGAGAGCCGCGGUCCCGGGUGCGCAGUGCUGAGGAGGGAGACUCUCCCGAUCUUCCAUAAAUGCCCGGUCCGUCGCAGAGGUUCGAGGCUGGGCAGCAAGAUGAGCUCGUGGGUACAGCUGCUGCUGCUCGUGGUGCUGGCGGCGUGUCUGCGGUUUGGCGUGGCCGUGGGGGAUCCACUGCCUGCAGCCCUGGUGGAGCUGGUUAGAAACAGCCCCAUCUCCUCCAUAGAGGACCUGCAGAUGCUGCUGCUCUCUGACUCCGUAGAUGAGGAGGACGGGACGUCUGCAGCCAAUGGAGGUCACAGACUGCCGAGGAGCCUGGACGCACAGCCAGCUCAGCAGGCUCUCUGUAAAGUACGGACUGAAGUGGUCGAGGUCACCAGAGCCAUGUUGGAUCGUAGCAACGCUAACUUCCUGUUGUGGCCGCCCUGUGUGGAAGUGCAGCGCUGCUCUGGCUGCUGCAACACCAAGAGUCUACAGUGCGUCCCGUUUGUCACACACACCAGACACCUGCAGGUCAUGAAGAUCGAAUACAUGAACCAAAAAGCCAUUUAUGCCAAUGCUGUGGUGUCGGUGGUGGACCACGUGGAAUGCCGGUGUCCGCCCGCGCCGCCUCCGCCGAGGAAAAAGUCCUCACGCAGACAGCACGGCCACCAGAACCAUCGGAACCAGACUCACAGCGCAGACCGUGGACAUGCACAGGCCAAGGUGCAGUCCAAAGAUGAGCUCCACCAGUGGGAUGAGCUUAAACACAACCAGAGGGCCCACCUGGAGGACCUGCUGGAGCAGCAGUGGAGUCCCAGAGGAGACACGUUCAACCAGCCCCAAGGAGGCUACAGCCUCCCUGGACCGGACGGGCCUCGGCCCGGAGAGGCUUUUCUUUUUGCCACACACUGGGGGAAUAACUCCAGGGGAGUGGAGGGAACUGAAUCAGAGAGGAGAGAGAACGUCGGGAGGCAGGAUGUAAACAUGUCCCACAGCAACAAAACAGUUUCUGUGGCGGAUAAUGUUGUCGAUACGUUAAAAAACAAGUUGGUGGAGGAUGAGAACGGACCGCUGCUGAACGACACCGAGGGAAACCAGGACAAAACUGCUGCUGCAGACACACGAGGAAACAAGUCUGAACUGACCCAGAACCACAGCAGCGACGUGUCUCGGCCCGUGACUCAGCAUCCUCCUGUCAAACACAGUCCCACGGAGGAAGCCCUUCAUCACAGAGUUGGAAGCAGGUUCGGACCGACGAAGGAGCCAAAUCCGGACCCUCGAGGUCAGGGCAGACGGAGGCAGAACGAGACUCCGCAAGAGGAGCGGGUUACACAGGUGGAGGACGACAAGCUGGAGGAAAAGAGGAGAGCACUGCUCCUCCUUCACAAGAGCCUGGACCAGGAGAAGGAGAUCGUGAGGCAGCAGCAGAUGAAACGUGAAGAAGAAGAAAGGCAGAGGCAGAAGGAGACGGACGGACGCCACCACGCUCACGGAAAACACCAUCAUCUGUUAACGACACAGAAACCAGUGACGUCACCGUCCACCACGUCCACCACGACCACCACGACCGCCACGACCACCACGCGACGGCCUGCGGCUCCAACAGGGCCCAGACCCCCGGCUCAAUCCAACCACGUGAAGAGAAGGAUGAGGAAAAAUCGUAAACGAAUCAGCAAAGCAGCCAUGAGAGCAAUGCUAAUGUAACAUGGAAACAAACCCGGGGACACACUCUGGACGAGGUGUAUGUUGUGGACGACCCAGAGGCGAACAGAGCGACUCCCUCCAAGUAUUUAUUCGUUCCUCCCGUAACCUGCAUGUCCUGUGAGAGCUCUUCGGUAACACUACUAAUAUCUGUCUGCUGAUCCCGUCGUCACACCCCGAUGGAUUACGCCGAGUGCAGAAGGAGGGAGCGCCACGCAAAUGCAAGGUGGACCUAAUUUUUCUUUUUUCUAAAGAUGUCAAUUUCCACUUUACUAUUUGCCAGCGUGAGCUUAAACUGAGUCUGUACGAACACUGAGCGUGUGGAGACAAACUGCGACGCUGCACAGGUGUGGAUAUUUGUGCAAUUUCUAAACGCUACGUGGAACCACAUUUUGAUAUCAAAAAAAAGGGAAGAAAAAAUAUGCACUUACAAUAGACAAAAAAAGGGAGAGUGUGGUUUUAAUGAUGGGCUUUUAUGGUGUUGUCAUCAUCGGAUGCUUUGAUAUGACACGGACAGACUGGACGAUGAGGCGACAAAGAAAAGGACGAUCUCCUCGUGUGUCUUUGAUUAUCUAAGAGACAAAAGUUCCAUUUACAGGACAUCAUAACUAACUCCACUAAACCAGUCAGUGUUGCCAUGUGUGAUCAACCUCACAGUAUUGACUAUGGUGAGGUGAUGACGCUCUGUGUAGUUCAGCCAAUCAUAGCCUGAUAUCCUUCAUUAGCUGAUUGUCUCUCUUCAUCUGUAUUUAAUUCUAUUUAACUCACUGCAAACACUGGAUUUACACAAAUGUGAUCAGAGCUUCACACGAUCCAUAAUCUUGGUGCAGGUAAAAAAAAAAAAAAAAAAAAAAAAAAAAGGGAGAGAAGAGG